UGUGUGUGUGUGUGUGUGUGUGUGUGUGUGUAUGUAGCUUCUCCAUGAGUCAGCGCCUCUACAAGGUUUCCUCCAGGAACUGGUUCACUCUGGAUUCGGUGGAUCUUGAGUACGACGGGAUCAAAGCUUCGUUUAACGGCAGCAGGAACAUUUACGCUCCGGCUGAGUUUUCCUAUCGUUGUGAAUCCGUCACGAACUUCCGCUGGCCGCUGCUCGUCCCGCGCUCCUCCAAAGAUCCGGCCAAUCAGUGGAGAGUGUCCUUCGAAGACUUCCAGAUCCAGGGCUUCCUGGUGAGGGGGGGUCAGUUCUCAUAUGGCAGCGAUUGCUCCGGCUUCUUCUCUCCGGGCAUCUUGAUGGGUCUGAUGACGUCUCUCCUCAUGGUCCUAGUGCUCACCUACGGCCUGCACAUGAUCCUGCAGCUACGCACCAUGGACCGCUUCGAUGACCCCAAAGGGCCCCCAAUCUCAGUCCCCCUUACAGACUGACCCCCCAUCUCAGACUGACCCCCCCAUCUCAGUCCCCCUUACAGACUGACCCCCCCUCUCAGUCCCCCUUACAGACUGACCCCCCCAUCUCAGUCCCCCUAACAGACUGACCCCCCAUCUCAGACUGACAUACCCC